UCUGUAAUUAUGAAGUCCAAGGCUGGUCAUGACACACAUCAACACCAUCAUCACAGACACCCUAAACCCAUUCCAAUUCACAUACCAUCCCAACAGAUCCACAGAUGAUGCAAUCUUGCACUUCACACUGCCCUCUUCCACCUGGAGGGGAAAUAACUGACAAUGCUGUUCAUAGACUACAGCUCAGUGUUCAACACCAUAGUCCCCCUCCAAGCUCCUCACCAAGCUAGUGACCCUGGGACUGAAACCUUGGACUGAACCCCUCCCUCUGCAACUUAACCACAAAGCACUACAGAGGUUGGUGCGGCAACCCAGUGCAUCACUGGGGCCAAAGACUCCAGCCACCCUAACCAUAGACUGUUUGCUCUGCUACUAUCUGGCAAACGGUAUUGGAGCACCAGCUCUCAGACCCACAGGCUCAGUUAAAAAGCUGUUAAUUUCUGAUUUAGGCCUUAGCCGAUACUCGUUGGUGUAUUUUAGUUAUGACUACAAAUUCAAUUAUUUGCAAACCCUCACGUGUGCCUGGACUUAGAAUAUUUUAUGCCACUUAACACCUAUUUGUGGUUAGAAUUUUUCCUUGAAACCAAGAUCAUGUAUAUGCUGCUUUAGAAAGGAAAUGCAGCAAACCGGUAUGGCCUUUCUAAGGUGAGCGACAUUUAGUCUAUCCAUUUAGGACUGGCAGGGAUUUAUUUGAUGCUCUGGCUUGGGCUUCAGGGAAACAAACACACACUGAAUGAAGCCUAGCCAACUGUAACAAGCCUAUGUUUUAAUGACAGCAGGUCCAGCAUUAUGCAAAUGAGCGUGGGUAGUGCAGCGGCAGCGCGAGGCAGAUUAGAGCUGUGCCUGGGAUCAGUGAGCACACGCGCUCUGUCCCCCUCCCUCUCAGAGCAACUAGUGCCUCUGUCUGUCUCUCCUUUCUCCGCUUUUCCUAUCUCUUUAGCUUUUCACUAGUUUUUCCCUCAUUCUGUUGUUCCCGUCGGCGGAUGAUUCGUGUGUUUCUCGUUGAGAAGCAGCUCUGAUUUUCCUUUGUGUAAAAAAAUAAUAAUCGCGCAUUCGCAAGGACUCGCGCUGCGCGCACACCGCUCCGGUUAAACCAGCGCCGUUUCCUCUUUUCUAGUUAAACGGGAAUAAAGAAAAUGCAUCUUUACAAUUUCAUCGGUAUUUCCCCAUGUAAGCACACACACUCCCCCCGUAUGUUAGUAUUUGGUGUAUAGCAGUUAGAACGAGCGCUGGUUUGAGGUUUAGAGAGACCGGGCUGUAAGUAGGUCGGGCUGGGUUUAAGCGGCUUUAGCCUGCGUCAGCCUAAGCUGGGAGGAAUUCACCCAAAGCCCUCCGCGGUAGGCGGGGGCCUAAACGAGGCUGGCCUAGUUAAGCCUGAUUCUUAUUGUUGCCCGUGUGUGUUGUGUAACACAGAGCAGAGAAGACCUCGGAUGAGAGAGAGUACAUGCGUUAGACAGACUGUUUGAUUGAGAAUCCAUGAAGGGGGAGAAAGAAGAGGGACCAGGAAGAGAGUGAGUGAGAGUUAAACCAGUAUUAGCCUGAGCCUCAUCACAGAACAGAAAGAAAAGGGAGGUAGAGAACCAGACCAAAUCUCAAAAGAAGGAGAGGAAAAUAAGCAAGAUAUUGUGUUGAGUUAGUGCUGGUGUCUAGGCCUGGCUCGGUCCAGUCAGGUUCCCUGGGCUAUGUUCUAAGAUGGCGUCUGGGUCCGUCUACAUGUCGUCCAGUAUGGUGGGUAAGGCUCGCUCCUCCAACUUCACCCUGUCUGAGAAACUGGACCUGCUGAAGCUGGUCCGCCCACACAUUCUCAUCCUGGAGGAGCACACCAACAAGCACGCUGUCAUCGUGGACAAGAACAAGUGCUGGGACACAGUGUCUGAUCAGUACAACGUCCUGGGGGGGGACAGGCCCCCCCGCACUGCCCAGGGCCUACGCACCCUCUACAAGAGGCUGAAGGAGUCGGCCAAACAGGAAGUGAUGCAACGGAGACACGCCCAGCCAGAGUACAGAGGAAGUAUAUCUGAACCAACCAGGAGAGUGAUGGAGAUGAUACCUCACCUUUUCCAUCAUGGCGCUAUCCACCAUGAUAAAGACCCAGCGACGAUGCACAGGGUGAUGUAUAAGCAUGACUCUCCCAUGGAGCAACCUGGCAGCAGCUCCUCCCUCCCAGACUACCCAUCAAACCCCGUCACCCACCACCUGGACCAGGAUGUGGUCAGGCUGGACCAGGAUGUGGUCAGGCUGGACCAGGAUGUGGUCAGGCUGGACCAGGACGUGGACGUGAAGCCUCCGCCAGACCUGACCAUCCUCUCCACGCGUGUGGGGGUGGUGCUAGGAGUAGAGGGUGCGGAGGAGGAAGAUGAGGACUUGGGCAGUGUCCAUGGUUAUGACGGCUCCCUCUCUCCCUGCCCAUCCUCUGUCGUCCUGCCCCUCUCCACCUCACCCGUUCCACUGCAACGUGACCUUUACCUUCAUGACCACUACCCCCGCCGUGACCCUGACAGGCUCCGUCCUCUUCAGCUGGCCAAGGAGGAGCACGAGCAGGUCAUGACCAAUCACAGAAAGAUGGGUGUAUACCUGGAGGAGAAGAGGGAGGGGCUAAAGAGGAAGCAGGAAUUGGAGGAGGAGCUUCUAAGAGCAAAAAUCAAAGUAGAGAAACUGAGGGCAGCCAGGCUGAGACAUGGACUACCACUGCCCCUAUAACUAACACACCCAUGGUCUGACUGGACUGACCAUAUGGAACUCAGGAGGAUGCUCUGAACUGUUUCUAUGUCUGUGUUUAGUGUGUGGAAGAGGGGUUUGGCCUGAGAAAUCAUGUUUGUGUGAUGAACAGUGAGUUUGAGGGAGGAUUUAAAGGUCCAAUGCAGCCUUCUCAAUCUCAAAUCAUUUCUGGGUAACAAUGAAUUACAUUACUGUGAUUGUUUUCUAUUAAAAUGCUCAAAAAGAGACAAAAAUAGAUUUUUAGCAAAGUUCAAUUUCUCAAGUAAGAAUUUUGCUUGGAUUGUCUGCGAGUGGUCUGAGUGGGGAGGGGGAAACUGAUAACAAACUGUUAUUGGCCGAACGGUUUUCAACUCUCUUUCUUAUUGGUCUAUUAACACAUUUAUGGUGUUGUCACCAGGCAGGCCAAAACUCCAUCCCACCAAAAUGGGCUGAAAUUUCAGCCGAUCUUUUCUAACAUCUCUUAAGCUAAAAAGGCAUUAUCAUAGUUUUCACCAUUUCACAGUAUUCCAAUCUCAUAGUGUGGAAAUAUACAGUACCAGUCAAAAGUUUGGACACAUCUACUAAUUGAAUUGUACUAUUUUCUACAUUGUAGAAUAAUAGUGAAGACAUCAAAACUAUGAAAAAACACAUAAUGAUUUUUUUUUAAACAAACACACAUUGCACUAAAAAAGUGUUCAACAAAUCUAAAUAUAUUUUAUAUUCUUCGAAGUAGCCACCCUUUUGUCUUGAUGACAGCUUUGCACACUCUUGGCAUUAUCUCAACCAGCUUCAUGAGGAAUGCUUUUCUUACAGUCUUGAAUAAAUUCCCACAAAUGCAGACUACUUGUUGGCUGCUUUUCCUCCACUCUGAAGUCCAACUCAUCUCAAUUGGGUUGAGGUCGGGUGAUUGUGGAGGCCAGGUCAGCUGAUGCUGCACCAUCUCUCUCCUUGGUCAAAUAGCCCUUACACAGCCUGGAAGUGUGUUUUAGGUCAUUGUCCUGUUGAAAUACUAAUGAUAGUCCCACUAAGCGCAAACCAGAUGGGAUGGCGUAUCGCUGCAGAAUGCUGUGGUAACUAUGCUGCCUAAGUGUGCCUUGAAUUCUAAAUUAAUCACAGAUAGUGUCAUGAGCAAAGCACCAUCACACCUCCUCCAUGCUUCACGGUGGAAACCACACAUGCGGAGAUCAUCCAUUCACCUACUCUGCGUCUCACAAAGACAAGGCGGUUGGAAUCAAAAAUCUCAAAAUUGGACUCAUCAGAGCAAAGGACAAAUUUCCACCAAUCUAAUGUCCAUUUCCCGUGUUUCUUUGCCCAAAAAAGUAGCUUCUUAUUGAUUAUCCUUUAGUAGUGGUUUCUUUGCAGCAAUUAGACAAUGAAGGCCUGAUUCACACUGUCUCCUCUGAACAGUUGAUGUUGAGAUGUGUCUGUUACUUGAACUCUGAAGCAUUUAUUUGGGCUGCAAUUUCUGAGACUGGUAACUCUAAUGAACUUAUCCUCUGCAGCAGAGGUAACUCCUGGUCUUCAUUUCCUGUGGCGAUCCUCAUGAGAGCCAGUUUCAUCAUAGCGCUUGAUGGUUUUUGCGACUCCACUUGAAGAAACUUUCAAAGUUCUUAAUGUUCCCUAUUGACUGACCUUCAUGUCUUAAAGUAAUGAUGGACUGUCGUUUCUCUUUGCUUAUUUCAGCUGUUCUUGCCAUAAUAUGGACUUGGUCUUUUACCAAAUAGGGAUAUCUUCUGUAAACCACCCCUACCUUGUCACAGCACAACUGAUUGCCUCAAACGCAAUAAGAAGGAAAUAAAUGUUUUAAUAAGGCACACCUGUUAAUGGAAAUGCUUUCCAGGUGACUACCUCAUGAAGCUGGUUGAGAGAAUGCCAAGUGUGUGCGAAGCUGUCAUCAAGGCAAAAGGUGGCUAUGUUUUAAGAAUCUAAAAUAUAUUUUGAUUUGUUUAACACUUUGUUUGGUUACUACAUGUCUACAUUUCAUAGUUUGGAUGUCUUCGCUAUUAUUCUACAAUGUAGAAAAUAGUAAAAAUGAAGAAAAACCAUUGAAUGAGUAUUUGUGUCCAAACUUUUGACUGGUACUGUAUAUAAAACACAGGGAAAUCUAGUUUUGCACUGGGCCUUUUGAACAGUGUAUUUGCGUAAGGAAGUGUGUGUUUUGAGUGAGGAUUUUAACAGUGUGUUUACGUGUGGGACAGUGUGUGUGGUGACUACAGUUGAGUUAUGACUCUGGAGCUAAAGACAAUACAGAUCUCUGCUUUUGUCAGACGAGAGGCGCUACUAUCACUGGUUUCGGGUACUAACGGGUACUAUUUUGACUGGUUUCAUUUGGUUCAAAACCCUGUGUUGCUUUACCAUCCCAUUAGGAGGGAAGAUGAUAGGUGAUGAGGGGUUUAGAAGGGGGUGUUGCUGUUACAGUGGUGUGAUGUUCAGUGUUUCUUGUUCAGAUCUGUGGUUUCAUUGUUUUCUAUUAAAAUAGUUUUUCUAGUUUG